UCUCAACCCUUCCAACUAUUACCAUUUCAUUGAUCUCAAGAAAAUGGGUUCACAUUAUUGGGUCUUUAUCUUGGCCUGCUUCUUGAUCUCAAGCGGCACCGCUCGUGCACAAUCUUCUACAGCUGCUGCACCUUCUAAUCCACCAACUACAGAGGUACAACCACCAAUGACCGCUGUAGGAGUUGCUCCCUCCACCCCUACAACCACCGCCACUCCUGUAUCAUCACCAACUCCUAAAUCACAACCACUUUCAACUCCAGUUCUUCCUCCAACACUGCCCCCGAUUCAAAGUCCGCCUCCUUUAUUAGUUCCAUCGAAACCACCAGCAUUGCCACCCUCAUCUCCACCUCUGCUACAACCCGCUUUACCUCCACCAAAGAUAUCCCCUUCUCCAGCAACCGUGCCAUCUGCACCACCUCAUCCUGUACCUGCACCUGCACCAGCGAAGGAGACACCAGCUCCAGCACCAGCUAAGGAAGCGCCGGUUCCUUCACCUUCACAAAUAUCAGUGCCAGCACCAGCACCAUCAUCAGAAUUGGUACCUGCACCUGCGCCUGCUCCUACAAAAAGUAAGAAGAAGAAACAUAAGCACAAGAAACAUCAUCAUGCACGAGCACCAGCUCCAUUAAUGGUAAGUCCACCGGCACCACCAACAGUUGACUCAGAGGUUGAAGUGGCUCCAGCACCAUCACCUGAUAUGAGUGGAGGUAUAAUGCAAUAUCAACUAGGAGGACUGCUUGGAACAUGGGCCAGAAUUGGAUUAUUAGCUGUUCUUGUUUUAUUGGCUACUAUUGGUUAAAGAGUUUGCACCCUGUUAUUUGACGAGCUUCAUAUAUUCUACUUAUCCGGUAUUUGAUUUGCUAUUUGAUGAGAACUCAUGUUCGUAUAUGCAAGAGUCUUUGAGAUAAUAGUUAUCGAUAAGUUGCACUUCUGGCGAAGUUUCAAUGGGUUGCAAACUACAGUAUAUUUUCUCAUUGUGAGCAUAAUAAAAUUAUAAUCAGAUUUUUCAGAUUCAGCUGUUAAGAAAAAAACUAUUGUGUUAUAAGACCUUGUACUUAUGUCAAGAAGACCUUCGUCGUGUUCAUUUGCAGAUCUAAUGUCCGCAUAUACUUCCCUUCC